AUGAUUGUAAUUCUGCUGGUGUCUAUGUCAAUGGUGUCAUACAGCGGUGGGCAAGAACUGAAGCCACCAGCAUUCCUGCCAGAGCUUCUUGACACGCCUGAAAGAAUCUUGAACAAUGCCACAUUCUUCAAUGGAGUCUUUCAAAAUGUGGAAAGUGUUGCAUUAUUUUUUGACUGCCUGGGUUCUCACUUCACCUGGUUACAGUCCAUCUUCACUAACUUCCCUGCCUUGCUCAACUUUGUGAACAAAAUGAAGUGCGUUACUGGUUUUUGUCCCAGGGAUUUUGAGGACUACGGUUGUUCUUGCCGGUUUGAGAUGGAAGGACUCCCUGUGGAUGAAGCUGAUGAAUGCUGUUUCGAGCACCGCAAAUGCUAUGAUGAAGCAAUGGAGAUGGAGUGCACGUGGGACCCAUCAAAGAUUUCUACAGAUGUCAGCUGCUCUACUGAAAACCUGACCUGUGAGUCUGGGGAUCCCUGUGAACAGUUUCUCUGCAACUGUGACAAAGAUGCCAUUGAAUGCUUUGUGAAGGCACACAUUAACUCUUCCUUGAAUGGGCUGGAUGUCUCCUUCUGUCCAUCUCCUGUUACAGAAUUCCUUCAUCAUGGGAUGGACAAAACACGGGCUUCAACUGCAUCCAUGGAAGAAGUGAUUUCUUUUGAGCCCAGUGAGUUGGUCCUGGGGACUUCCAAAGCUGGAGGUACUACAAGGGACCACAGAGGAACAGCUCCUGCUCCCUCCCGCCCCUCGAUAAGAGAAGAGGAUGGAUUUAUGGAAGCUGUGGCCCCAGUGGAAGAGAUAACCACCUCCCCAGCCUUACUGUCUGGAGAUACUAACUCAAUGCAAGUCAAAAUUGUCCCCACCGAGAAGACUCCUGCCCUCACAUCUCCAAAGACAAAAGAAAAAGAGACAAGCCCAGCAAGGGGUGGGCAGAGCACAGCUCCCUCUGGAAUAGCCCUGGAACUGGCGCUGUCUGACACCAGACCCCAUGAACCUGCAGAAAAAGUAUGUGAGCGAUUAACCUUUUUGCAAGAGAGAGGAAACGGAAGAGCGAAGAGGGAGCUGCCCCAGCUGGGAGAAAUGCUCUUCUGUUUAACUGAGCGAUGCCCUGAGGAGUUUGAGUCUUACGGCUGCUACUGUGGCCAAGAAGGAGGAGGUGACCCUAUUGAUACACUGGACAGGUGCUGCUUCACUCAUCACUGUUGUAUGGAACAAGUGAAGAAACUCGGAUGUCAGGCAGAAAGAAGUUCAAGAUCUGAAGUUGUAUGUUUUGAUCACAAGCCAAAAUGUAUUGGUUGGAGCACCUGUGAGAAACUACUAUGUGCUUGUGACAAGACAGCAGCUGAGUGCAUGGCUUCUGCCUUCUUCAAUGAGAGCCUGAAGUUCCCUCACAGGCAGGAGUGCCAGGAGGAGAAAGCCUCAUGUCAGAGAGACCCUUAUGAAAGACCUUCCAUGGGCACAGAAACAGGCACUGGGACUUCCAGCUCUGAAGAGAGCAGUGAGGAGGAAGGUCCACUGUGGAGGGCGUUAAGAAGAGCAAGGAGAGAGACACACCGUCCUGCUGGAAACUCCAGAAUGGAGCAACAUGAAGGCAGAUAA